AGGAUACUGGCCGUCUCAUUGAUGGGCUUGCUGGCACAAAAAUCGCCCUUCCGAAUGUGAAGUCGUGGGACAUACAUAAUGACGUCGGCAUCUUGGACGUGUUUGAUCUCAAUGGUGUAGAUGAUCUUACUUUUUUCUUCGGAGGAUUCCCGCCGCAGGAGAUGACGGCGUCCAUUCCCAGUCAACUGACCAAUCUAUUCCUUGGAUUGGUCAGUUUCAAGGUUGAGCGGCUGCCAGCGGGUGUCCCUCAUUCGCUACCCGUCCUAAAGACAUUGAAACUCGAAGACGUAAACUUUGAUGGACCCGUGCGGAGGUAUCUCCAUUGCCCGAAGCUGAAGGAGUUGAGCUAUUGUGCAACAACAGAUGAGCCACCUUCCUAUUACGCUGAAGAGGAAAAAAAUCAUUAUGAGCAUCCAGUUCGGCAACUUUUUGACGAGUCUUUCUUCAAGGCUACUCCACAGCUAGAGGCCCUCUCCAUCGAAGGUCUGACAAUGGAUGAAGUCCUGGCUGUGACAAUCAGUGACUGUCGGAUCAAGGAAUUCCUCUCCCCAUUCAUGAAAGCCCAUCAGGUGGUCUCUUGUGGACAUGAUCCAUCCAUCUCACUUGGCGCGACUGACGCAGAGGAAUUAG